AGAAAUCCCAGGCAAUAUAUUAUAGCCAAUAGAUCACAGAUGGCGACACGCAUACCAGUUUGUGAAAUAUCGAUUGACAUUUCGAUUUUUAGGUUAAUUGAAAGUUUACAGUAUUGUGUGUAAUAAUUAUUGUUUUUUCUUGAAUAAAAUCAAGAUGCCGACCGUAGGUCGGUGCGUAGUAGGACUUACGGAAGAGGAAGAAAAACACUUGCGGAUGUUGCUACAAGGGGACGAGUCGGAUUUGGAUUGUGUAACCGACAACGAUGAAGAUGAUUUAGAUCAAGAAACGUUCCUUCGAUUACAAGAGGAAUAUGAUCCUCCAGAACCUUCUCCAGAAGAACUAGUGUUAUGUAAUUCUAACUUAGAAGUGGAUACAGAUAAACUAUCUGAUGAAAAUGGACAUGAACCUAACAGACAAAUGCAACAAGACUUUGACCCUGAAGACGAUUUACCUAUUAUUACGUUUCGGAACCAGCACCCAACCCCUGCUGUACAAAUUGCUCCAAAGUGGAAAAAAGCAAAUCUUCCUUUCGUAAAUUCUGAAUGUAACGUAAUAUUUACUAACGAAAAGGAAAAUGAUUCAACUCCGCUGUCAUAUUUAGUAGUAGUAGUAAUUUUAAAUGUUUACUACUCUUACUACUCUUUUGUUAUAACUAAAAUUAAAUCUAAAAUAAACCAUUAUCAAUUUACAUUUUUCUUAUCUUACGCCCACUGA